CCAGAGAACACCAGCCACAGCAGCUGCCCACUCUCCCCAAAGAAAUCUUCAUCAUGGCCUAUAAAGCUGCACAUUUGGCCUUUAAGUCGCGCUGGCACAAGACAGAUGAAGAGCUGUGUCGCCACAGCAUGUCCUUCGUGUUGCACAAGGCAAUCCAAAAUGACUUCUUCAAGUGUUACCUUUAUCUGCUGGAAAAGCUUCCCCUGGUGAAACUUUAUGCUCUGACAAGUCAAGUCAUCAACGGGGAGAUGCAGUUCUACGCCAGGGCCAAACACUUCUACCGGGAGGUGCCCGCCACGGAGGAGGGAAUGAUGGGUGACUACAUCGAGCUCUCCAACACAGACGUUGAAUCCUCCAGGGAAUUCCUCAGGAAGUUUGUUGGGGGGGUGGGGAAAGCUGGCACCAGUCGUGCCCUGGACUGUGGCUCUGGGAUAGGUCGGAUCAGCAAGCACGUCCUGCUGCCGGUUUUCAAGAGUGUGGAGCUGGUGGAUAUGAUGGAGAAUUUCCUGGCUGAGGUGCCAAACUACCUGCAAGGCAAGGAGGACAGAGUAGAGAUGUAUUACUGCAAAAGCCUCCAGGAAUUCACACCAGCCCCACGAAGAUACGAUGUCAUCUGGAUUCAGUGGGUUUCAGGAUAUCUGACAGACAAAGAUCUCCUGGAGUUUCUCAUCCGCUGCCAGGGUGGCUUGAAGGACAAUGGUGUGAUCAUCCUGAAGGACAAUGUGGCCAGGGAGGGCUGCACCCUGGACUGCCUGGACAGCAGCGUGAUCCGAGACCUGAACAUCCUGCACAGCCUCAUCGAGAUGAGCGGGCUCAGCAUCCUGCGGGAGGAGAGGCAGGAGGGCUUCCCUGAGCAGUGUGUCCCCGUGUGGAUGCUGGCCCUGCAGAAAGGCUCCUGACUGCCCAGGGACAGCACACUCUGGGCUCUGGAUGAACAAUGGGGCUGGGAAAGGGGAAAAGCAUCUCCUGGGAUCCUCCUAGCCAUGCCCUGCUCCCGGGCAGCAUCUCCUACAGGGUCAGGAGAGAAUGACAAAGCUUCCCCCAGGAACUUCUAAAUCCUCCCUGCUCCAUCAUUCUUUCCAUUCUUAAAUCUUUCCCAGACUCCUUGUCAGAUCUCUCUUCUGUUAAGGAGUCAAUACUGUACAAAGCUAAUAGAAAACAAUUAGGUGUGCAGUUUCAGUAGCAGUUCAUGCAUUUUGGGGUGUUCUGUAUGAGGUAUUAACAAGCCUGGUUUUUACUUUGGCACUUAAGUCCUCUUGGAAUUUAAGAAGGAGCUGACAGAUCACUGAAGCAGGAAAUUCAAGUAACUUCUGGAAAACUUCACCCAAAUUUUGACUGUCCUCUCCACCUGUACUUUAAAAUAUUUAAAUCAAGAAUAUAAGGAAAGUUUUACCUUUUUGUUGGCAUUUGCUAGGCAGUUUUGGUUGGGGGGGUUUGGGGGUUUUUUGGUUCGGCUUUUUUUUUUUUUUCAUUUCUGUCAAUUUGGACAAUAAAACAACCUGGUUAAUUUUUCCAUUUUUAGGAGAUACUUCAUCUUCCUGAUGUCUCUGCUGUAGAACAAUAGUGGUGCAUAAGGGAUUUCACACUCCGGGGGAAAGCUUGGCUGACAAAUAUCUGCAUGUUUGCAUUGAAAUUUUGUGAAAAGCUUACCCCACAUAUUACAUUCUGGAAAAUAUUUUUUUUUUUCAGAAUGUUCACAGUGGAAACCACUUGAAAGCCUCUCUUUAUUAUUCAUACCACUGUACAUUUCUUUCUUUCCCACAUUCAGAGCAAGUCUGGCACCAUAUGCAGAGCUAAUGGGAUUUCACAGAGCGUUAAUAGUUAGACUGUAAGAAGAACUAAUACAGUAUUGUAUUAAUUAACAACUGUGCUAAACUGCAGAGAGUGUUAGUGUAACCCAAAAGCUGUGAUUUAUACUCAAAGAGCAGCUGUAUGAGCCUGGAUUUGAAAAUACUGACAUGCAGCCCAUCUCCUUAAG